AGACUAUUCAAAUGAAUACACCGAAAGUUCUGAAGUUAACAACUUAUAUAUACACUCAUAAACUAGUUCUUCUGAAUUACAACUCACCUCACUACUAUCCAACUCACAAAGAGCAAUGAUGCUACGAUUAGAUAUCUUGUUAGUCACGGCACUUACCAUUGCCACUGUUUCAGUGGUUACAGCCCAAGUCCCUCCCGAGAAACAAUUCAGAGUCCUCAACGAACCAUCCUACGCCCCAUACAUCACCGAGUACAACGCCGAUUACCGAUUCCUCACUUCAGAGAACCAGAGCUUUUUCACCAACCCUUUCACGCUCAUGUUUUACAAUACCACCCCUAGCGCCUACAUCUUAGCUCUCCGUGUCGGAACCAGGCGUGACCUUGACUACACACGUUGGAUCUGGGACGCAAACCGGAACAACCCCGUCGGAGAUAACUCUACUCUCUCGCUCGGGCGCGACGGAAACCUCGUGCUCGCUGAGUUAGACGGCCAAGUAAAGUGGCAGACCAACACAGCCAACAAAGGCGUUACGGGGUUCAAGAUCCUCCCCAACGGUAACAUGGUGCUACACGACAAAAACGACAAGUUUAUCUGGCAGAGUUUCGACUAUCCGACAGAUACACUUCUUGUCGGCCAGUCGUUAAAACUUAACGGAGUUAACAAACUCGUUAGUCGUACGUCCGAUAUGGACGGCUCAGAUGGACCGUACAGCAUGGUCCUUGGUGAAAAAAAUUUAACCAUGUACGUUAAUAAAACCGGAAAGCCGUUAGCUUACGGUGGAUGGCCGUCCGAGGACUACCGCGGCACGGUCACGUUCACCGUUAGAAGAGAGUUCGUUAACUUAACGGAGCCGUCAGCUUACGAGCUCCUCUUAGAACCAGCUCCACUACCGGACACUGGUGGUAGUAACCGCAGGUUACUCCAAGCCCGACCCAUAGGAAUCCUAAGCAAAAUUAACUACAACGGAACUAUCUCGUAUCUAAGGCUCGGUUCAGACGGGAGCCUCAAGGCCUUCACGUACUAUCAACCGGCUACGUAUCUCGAGUGGGAAGAAACUUUUGCUUUCUUCUCCAGGAACUUCGUACGUGCAUGUGGCUUGCCUUCGUUUUGCGGCGAGUUUGGAUAUUGCAGUCGAGGGAUGUGCGUUGGGUGUCCUACACCCAAGGGUUUGUUCGCUUGGAGCGAGACAUGCUCGGCGCCGAAAACGACUGCUUUUUGCGGAAACAAGGGUAAAACGGUAAAUUAUUUCAAGAUAGUCGGUGUUGAGCAUUUUAAUGGUCCGUAUGUUAACGAUGGACAAGGACCGGUUUCUGUGAACGAAUGCAAGGUGAAAUGCGAUCUUGAUUGCAAGUGUUUGGGUUAUUUUUACAAGGAGAAGGACAAGAAAUGUUUGGUUGCUCCUCUUCUUGGUACGCUCAUCAAAGUCGCUAACACGUCUUCUAUUGCUUAUAUCAAAUAUUAGGUGAUCAGUGUUAUUUAUUCACCAAGACCAACGUAUUGAGUUUGUAAUCAUUCACCGUUUAGUGAUGUACAACUUUUUUUUUUUUAAUCUAAAAGCAUUUGGCUUUAUUUACCAUCUAUAUGUAUACCAUUGAUGAUCAAAGUUCUACGUGAUAUGUA